ACAAAAAGAAGAAGAAGUUGCGAUUUCUGCACUUUUGCAGAUGUGAAGGGCGUGGACGAGAGAAAUACAACAACUCUUCGAGCAAAGCGACAAAGACUGAAGACACUGAGGGACAGAGGAGACACUCAGAGGAGACAAUCAUAUUCAGGACAGUGAGACAGGCAGCGGCAGAGAGACAGGAAGAUGAGAAGAGCCGCCGAGGACCCGAGCACGCUCUGUCUGUUUGACGUCGACGGCACGCUCACAGCCGCGAGACAGCGUGUCACUCCACACAUGUCAGAUUUCCUUGAGAAGCUAAAGACUCGGGUUCGAGUCGGAGUGGUAGGAGGGUCGGACCUUUGUAAGAUCAAAGAGCAGUUAGGAGAAGAUGUGAUCCAGAAAGUGGACUACUUGUUUGCUGAGAAUGGUCUUGUGGCCUAUAAGGAUGGACAGUUGCUCUGUAUCCAGUCUAUUCAGGCCCAUAUGGGAGAAGAGUUGCUCCAGGACUUCAUUAACUUCUGUCUCAACUACAUGGCCAAGAUCAAACUGCCUAAGAAGAGGGGGACAUUCAUUGAAUUCCGUAACGGCAUGUUAAACGUCUCCCCUAUUGGGCGCAGCUGUACCCCGGAAGAGAGGAAGGAGUUCUACGAGCUGGAUCAGAAAGAGAAAAUCAGAGAGAAGUUUGUGUCAAUAUUAAAGGAAGAAUUCAAAGGAAAAGGACUGUCAUUUUCAAUCGGAGGCCAGAUCAGCUUUGAUGUUUUUCCUGACGGCUGGGAUAAGACAUUCUGUCUGAGGUUUGUUGAGGAGGACUUCUCAACCAUCCACUUCUUUGGGGACAAGACCAAACCUGGAGGAAACGACUACGAGAUCUACUGCGACCCUCGGACCAUGGGCCAUGAAGUGUCCAGUCCAGAGGAGACUCAGCGACUGUGCCAGCAGCUCUUCUUCUCGUGAGACUAUGAAGAGUGUUGUACACACACUGAUACUGCAGGUCUUGUUUCAUCGUAUCUUAAGGUUUAAUCACAGAAAUAAUUAAUUGAAUGCAGCAGUGUAGUAUUAAUGUUGAGAGGAAAGACUAACGGACAUUCGGGUUGGGUUUGAAAUAAAGCUGUAAUGGCUGUAAUUGGGAUAUAAUGUUUUAAAAUGUAUUGUUGGAGGAAUUGUAUCCAGAGUUGGGCUUGGCUUGUCAUCAUUACCCCAUGGUAAACAGUUACCCACUAAAUGUAUGCUUUUGCAGAGAUGUGCAAUCUCCCCAAUCGUGUUUUCGAUUGUUAAAGCAAACCUCAACAGGAAUCUGUUGUAUAUGUGAUGCAUGUCGUUACACAUGAUCAGGAAUUGGCUAUUGACAGUAGAUCAAAGAUCACCUGAAAGGCCUGGGACACUCACACAGAGGACUGAUUCCCUUCUGAUGAUCACAUGUCAUGGAACACACUGAGCUGGAGCUCUCAUGUCUUCCUCUUGGCAUGUCUUCUUGUAGUGUCUCUGUCAGCCAUGUUUAGUAUCACUGCUGCAGUGUAUUCACACACAGUCACCACAGUAUCCAGACGUCCUCCUGUAUGUUAGCGAACAGCACAUACUAAUACUUUGAUGCAUAUGGUUGUCAGUAGAAGGCAUCACAUUUUGUAGGAAAUAUCACCAGACAAUGCAUUGAUGUCAUGGCCCCUGCAGGUAGAAAUGUAUGAGAAUAUAUCUGUCAUGAAUGCCCUAUACAAAUGUGUGAACUUCUUUAUGCACAGCACUUGAAUUAAGUUUAAACUGAAGAAGAUUCUACUGUAAAAGAUGUGAACUGUGGGAAAUAAAAUAAUCGACCCAUUCUGAAAAGUACAAUGUGUGGGGAGCCCCGCAGAUAUGGGAUAUUAAUAAUUGUGUAAAUCAUUUUUAAAUGAAGCAAAAAAGGUUUGCACAGAAUACCUGAAAUAAAGACAUGAGCAGGAAAGGUA